CCUGCCCGUUGUAAUGUAAUGUGAAAGUUAAAAUGAGAUCGAUACGAGUAGGUACUUCGCUGACGUCACAUCGCUUGCGUUGCUUAGUUGCGUUGUUAUCGGCCUUUAGAAUUGCAGUUCUGUCGUCGUUUGACGACAGGAAAUACAUAAAUCACAAAACUUCAUUGUACUCAAGGUAAAGUUUAUAGCCGUGAAACAAGCUUUAUAACUUAUUUUUAAUUCAAAUAUUAUACGCUACAUCUACGAGUAUACCACCCAACAAUCGUUAUCAAGAUUUCAUUGCAUUAUUUUUGCUGCAUUUAUUUUGAUUUUGUGGAUUUCCUGUAAAUUGUGAAUAUUAUGUAUGGUAUUGUUUUAGACUUUAAAGAUGACCCUCUUUAGGUACUCUUUCAUGAUAAAUGUUUUAAUUGUUAUUAUUAUUAGUUAUUGUACUGGUUUUCAUAUAGUAAGAGUCGAAUAUGACAACGAGCGUAAGCGUCAGUACGCCGAGAACAUCGUUCAGCCGGUCCUGGAGGACUGUGCGUGGGAGUGGGAGCGCUGGGGCGUGACCAGCGAUCACAUGCGUCGGUACUCCCGGCUCCCCCGGUUGUACCCGCAUUACGACAACGACGUGUUCGACUGCGCCUGGGGCUGCUUCUUCCUGCACAUGGGCUGGUUAGACGACGACAUGGAAGGAUCGUUCCAAGCGCCCGUCAUAUUGGCACACUUGGAGAACUACCUCGAGGACUGGAGGCACCCGCGAAGCAGACGAAUGAGCAGCCGUUGCAUUUAUGUGAAUUACCCUCACGCGGAGCUGACCGGCAACGUGCCAGACUGCGAGCAAGCCAAGAUCCUGAAAAACUGCCUCAUCAAAGAAGAAUAUCUGGAGAUUACGCACAAGAACAAGUUGCAGUUGGUCGAGCUUCUGCGCAGCUGGCUGGGCGUGUGCGCCGACCUGGAGGGGCUGCCGGUGGCCGAGGUGCUGGCCCGCGCCGCGCGCCCGCCGGCCCCGUCGCCGCCGCCCGGAGACCCCGCGCCGCCCGCACUGCACGGCUGCGCCUGGCGCUGCCUCUUCUACGACAUGGGCGUGAUGAAUGAUGUAGACGGAGUGUUCGUUCUGCCCGUCGUGAACGAGACGAUAAGGAUGUAUUACUACAAAACAGAGUUAAUACCACUACUAAUGGAGGAAUCUGCUAAAUGCGUCGCAGCCGCGAACCGGUUUAUCGAGAACCCGGACGUGGACACGCGGCCGCACGGCUGCGACCGCUCGCAGCUCUACGUCGACUGCCUCGUCAACAACUUCUUCACGAACCUCACAUCGCCUUGGUUCACCGACGAAGAGAGGAGUAUCAGGGUCGGUAACCAGAGCACUAGUCCCUCCCCACCUCGCGGGCGCCACCGUCGGCGCCCGCACCACGCCCGUGGUCGCGCGCCCCCGCCGCCGCCGGGCGCGCGCCCCCCGCCCCGCGAGCGUCCCCUCGGCCGCCCGCACCUCGUGCGCACGCGCUUCUUGGCGCGCGUCGCGCCGCUGCCGCUCUCGCCCUCUGACUCCGUCGUUGUCAAAGUCAAAGUGGCGGAGACGGACACGUGAGCGUGGAGUGGCUCACCAUUAUGUAAUUUUCCUAAAUGUGUUAGUAGUAAGAUGCUCAAUAAACUAUUAAUAUUAACAAUCUAUUUCAUUUUUACAUAUAAGUACAUCUUUUUUUACAUAUUUUUUUUUCGCAUUUUAUAAAAAGCUUGUAUGGCAUUUAAAAAAAAAGACAAAUGAUUUAUUAGAAAUAGGAGCAAAUAGCGAUGACAGGUUAAAAUUCGACUCUAGUUCGUACCUGUUAUAAUUGAUUCUCCAAUAUCCCAACAAAAACAUAAAUGUUUAAUUAGUCAAGUUCAAUA